UCUGUGGAUGACAGACUGUGCACCACAAAAUAAAAGCUGUCAAACCUUGGAAUUAUAUGGUGUGAUACAAUGGGACGGUACAGUGGCCUGCUCAACUGUCAAAAGUUAUACAGGGCUAUAACAGGAAUGUGUGAAUUUUCGUGAAAUAAAUUGAUUUAAAAACGAUCGAACGUGAUAAGUUUUAUUACCGUUGUGCCUCCAAGACGAAGUCUUCAAGGACUGGCAAAAUCUUUAGCGGUGGUGAAAGGCAACGAGAAAGGAAGAGGCUCUGAAAUACUUUGGUGUUAGACAAAUCUAACAAUACGCAAGACUGAGUGGCGAAAUAUUUAAAUUUUUUGCCUUGCCGUCUGUUCUUGGAACGAGAACGUCUAGAGGACUUAUCUUCUCCUAGCACGAGAAGCAGUUUAAAGGAGUCACCCCGUGUCACAAACCACGAUGCACAAGAGGAAGGAGAGGUUGAUAAUGCCCCAGCGCCAUGGCAGCCAUCGGAGACGGUUCGUGUGGCGAGAGAACGGGACGGCAGUGGAGGCGCACAGCGAGGAGAACGAGGACGUUCCGGCCAGCAUGGAGUACGAGAACGAAGGUUUGCUGCACGAGAUGUUCCAGCGACAAGCCAUGUCCACCCCGGACAAGGUGGCGGUGGUCAGCAUCUUUGAGGACCGAACAGUGACGUUCGGGGAGCUGGACAUCUGGAGUGACCGCCUGGCUGCAACCCUGCAGCAGAAGGGCGCAGCUCCGGACCGCUGUGUGGGCAUCUGCAUGGACAAGACUGUAGACUUUGUCAUCACGUACAUCGCCAUCCUUAAAGCUGGUGCUGCUUACUUACCCCUGGACACUACUUACCCGUCACACAUGCUGCAGUCGGUGCUAGAAGACGCUCUACCUGUAGUGGUGGUCGCCUCGCCAGAGUUUGAAUCCAAACUGAAAAGUGCAGUGGAUAAAAUCAAGGUCCUUGUACUGCACAAAGGUUGGGAGGAAACCAUGAUUAAGCUCACAUCUCCAAGGUUUGUACCGCCGUCCGUGCACCUCGACAACCUGGCAUUCGUCGUCUACUCUUCCGGAACCACGGGCAAACCCAAAGGCAUCCAGUGCCAGCACCGCGGGGCCGUGUUCUCCUAUCACGCGCGGCACGUCUUGUUCCCGUACCAAGAUGACGACAGGGAGGCCUGCAACAUCUUCUUCGUUUGGGAGAUGCUGAGGCCCCUUCUUAAAGGUAUCCCAAUGUACCCAUUGCCCAACACCGUUAUCUACGACCCUCCGUUGUUGUGCAAGUACCUGCAGGCGAACGCCAUCACGCGGAUACUCUUCACGCCCUCGCUCUUCGAGGCCGUCCUCAACACCCCAGGCCUUGACCCCACGGCCUUUAAGUCGAUGAGACAAAUAUGGUUCUGCGGCGAAGUGGUGACCAUGUCGUUGCUGAAACGCUGCAUUAGUACUCUCCCCUGGAUACACUUCAUCAACCUGUAUAGCAUCUCCGAGUGCCACGACGUUGCCUUCGUCGACCUGACUGACUACUACCAGAAAAACAAGGAGUCCAUGAUGGCGCGCAAGUUUUCUCCGGCGGGCAAAGUUCUACCCGGUGUACAUAUUGCUAUUAUCGGUGAUGAAGGAAAGCCGCUUCCGGUUGGAGUGUCAGGGAGGUAACCUAUCCUGUUUAUUUACGUGGGGGGUCCAACUCUCGCCCGGGGCUACAUCAACAGACCAGAACAACAGGCGCAGCGCUUUAUUCCUCUCCUGGAGGGGAUGCCAGCAUCUUAUGGCGACCGACUGUACCGGACAGGAGACUGGGGCUACAUGCUGUCGGACGGGUCGCUCGAGAUUUGCGGUCGGUGCGACACGAUGGUCAAAAUAAGAGGCUACUCCAUUGAAGUACAGGCGGUGGAAGCGGCUUUGCUGGCCCUGCCGAUGGUUCACGCUUGCACGGUGCUGGUGUCAGGUGAGGAAGGGGAAGACAAGUUCCUGGUGGCCUACAUCGUAAAGAAAGAAAAGACAACCAAAAAGGAAAUCCGCGGCGAGCUUAAAAGACGGUUGCCCUUUUACAUGAUUCCCGCCUACUUCGUGUUCCUCCAGAGCAUCCCUAUAGUGUCCACGACAGGAAAACUGGACAAGAAGGCAUUGCCGCCCUUUGACCGCAACCACUCGGACGACGUGCAGGCGGAAGGUCGCCCCAGCACGGCCAUGGAGGAGAAUCUGGCCGCCAUCUGGCGCGAAGUGCUGAGGAUUCAGGACAUCGACAUCCACGAGAGCUUUUUCGAUAUGGGCGGACAUUCACUUCUGGCCACUGAACUCCAGCAACGCAUCAAAGAGAAGUUCGGCGUCAGCAUGCCAGUCCGCGAACUUUUCACCUAUCCAACGGUCAGUCUGCUAAGUCAGUAUAUUGAAGCCAUGCAGAGUAAUGGGCACGACAACUCCAGCAGAUCGUCACCAUUGCAAGAUCUUGACCUGUCAGCGGAGGUCGAUAAACACGACCAGGCGAUGAUGGAGCUGGACAUUCAGUUGAGGGCGUUCUGGAGAACCUUCUUGCACCGGCAUCACUUCAGCAAGGGCCGAGUCCUGCUCACCGGCGCCACGGGUUUCCUCGGAGCCUUCCUGCUGAAGGAGAUGCUGCUGAACUCAGAGCUACUGGUGUACUGCUUGGUACGUGAACUGCCCAACCAGGAUCUCAUGGACAGAAUCAAGGAAACCAUGCGGAAGUACUCUAUCCUGGCCAACGACAGCAAGCGUGCCACCGAGGAACAAACUAGCAUGGAGAGCCUUUUCCGCAAAAGAGUUAUUGCAAUGAAAGGUAACGUGGCGCUGAUGAAGCUGGGUCUCAGCGACGACGACUACAACUACCUGACCACCGAAACCGACUUCAUCGUUCACGCCGCGGCCAACGUCAACUUGGCCUAUCCCUACAGUGCUCUACACGGACCCAACGUUCUUGGAACGGAAAAUAUAAUCCUAUUUUCUUCGACGGGCAAAAUCAAGCCCAUUCACUACAUCAGCACGAACGGCGUGUUCCCGCACAACAUGAAGGGCUGCACGGAGGACGCGGACGUCAGUGACCAGUGGCCGUACCUGACCGACGGCUACUCGCAGUCCAAGUGGGUGGCCGAGCAGCUGGUGCACCGGGCGGGACCGGGCUUGCCCGUCACCAUUUACAGGCUGGGCAACCUGGGUGGCGACCGGGUUAACGCCGCAUGGAACUCACAGGACUUCACUUUACUUCUGCUGUCGGCCAGCGCCAAAUACGGCAUCGCACCGGACGUGGACUGGGAGGUCGAGAACCCGGUCGACUUCGUGGCCAGCGUCAUCGUGCGCCUGGUGCAGCAUCCGGACUCGGCCCUCGGCAAGACCUUUCACGUCGUCAACGACAAGCCACUGCCGGCCAGGUGGAUUUUCAAAUGGAUGAACGCAAACGGCUAUCAUCUGUCGCUGAUUCCGUUUAACGAGUGGAGGAAAAGGAUCUUGGUUCACUUGUCAGACCCGGACAAAGUCGCUGACUGCAGCGUUCGACCGGAGCUUCACAGAAUUCUGGAGUCCUACGUCAGGGAAGAGAAAUUCCUAUCGGAAUUGAGUAUCUUCAAGAACGACAACUUUAAGGCGAUUCUGGCAGAGCUGAAACUGGAGUACCCGUACACAGACGCGCGCAUGCUACAGACGUACUUCAGAAAAUUAUCUGCCAGGAACAUCAUGCCAAGACAGCGCCGUAGCACAGUGAGCAAACCUCUUUCUGACCGCGUUGCCAUAGUGACCGGGGCGUCCAGCGGCAUCGGUGCUGCCAUAGCCCUGGCUCUAGCAUCUGCAGGUGCUCGUGUUGCCAUGGCAGCAAGACGGGAGGAGAAGUUAAGAGAACUGGAGCAGCGAAUAUCUGACGAGGGAGGGGUUGCAAUCUCUGUAAAGAGUGACGUCCUCAGCAGAAAGGAGGUGCGUGAACUGGUGCAACAGACAGAGAUGGCUCUUGGGCCGGUUGACCUACUGGUGAACUGUGCAGGUGUGAUGUAUUACACCUGUAUGAAGAACAUACAUCAAGACGAAUGGGACCACAUGAUCGACGUGAACUGCAAGGGUGUCACAAACUGCAUAGCCGCAGUGCUGGAUGGGAUGGUCAAGAGAGAAAAUGGACACAUCAUCAACAUCACAUCAGAUGCGGGCCGUAAGGGCUUUCCCGGCCUGGCAGUCUACUCGGGGACCAAGUUCUUCGUGGAGGGCUUGUCGCAGGCCAUGAGGUCAGAGCUGGCGGAUAAGGGCGUGCGAAUCACGUGCAUUCAGCCAGGAGAUGUCAAAACACCUCUAUUUGGACUGUCCACGGACAAGGAGGCCAUCGAAAAAUACGACAUGAGUGAGAAACACAAGUGUUUAGAGCCGUACGACAUCGCCAAAGCUGUUGUCUUUGCAGCAUCACAACCAGAAUAUGCGGCCAUCAACGAGAUUCUCGUGGAACCGCGAGAUGCACCGUUGUGAAAAUAUUUUGGAUAAAUUGGAUUGACGACCACUUCCAGAAUAUUCUCAGUUUUCUGCAAGACGAUAUUUCUUAACCGUUUCAAGCACCAAAAAUGUGUUAUCAGUAUAAGGCAAUUAGUGUUCGUAUCGGUUAGAUUUUCCCUGAUUUUAAUUAAACGAUGCGUGCUGUAUCUAUUAUUCUUACUUUCAUAUACUAAUGUGUUUAAGUUUCCAACAUUUAUCGUGCUCAUGCAUAUUCAUGUCAACACACGAACAAGUCAAGGAUUAUUUUGUUCAAUACACCUAGCUGAAGAAACAAUGCUCCUGAGACAUUCACUCGAGUUAUAGUUUUAAAAAAGACAUCAAACUGCUUACUGUAUUGUAUGACAUAUAACAAGUUUCUAGUCAAAUCGUAAGAAUGGUAAAAAUUCAAGUAUCUAAUUUUAUUAUAAUAAAUCGUAUUGUUAAUUUUAAUAUAAUGGACUUCAGCUAAAAAAUUAGCCAUGUAGUCACUCUCUAUUUUAGCGGUCACGUAUCUCCAGGAAGUGCUUCUUCCUGAAAACCAAGCAACACCAAAAAUAGUUAACUUCAAAAUUUGGAAAUAUGUUUAAUUAGCAGCAAGAAAAAUAUUAGGGGGUGGGGGAGAAAAAUCACUAGCGGAUUUGUGGAACAGAACUGCAAAACUGGUGCUUUCCAUUAUUACAUCAUCAAAUCAUCUUUUUGUUCUUCGAGUAUAUUUCUGAAUUGUAUUAAACGUGUAAGAUAUCCUAAAGCAAAACUUAAAAACUCUGACUACUCAUUCCCCCUAUACCAUGCUGUAUUGCCAAUACUGAAAUAAAAGUAGUAAACUUUGUCGUA